AUGGAAUCAAAUGGAACGCGCAAAGGGCCGCUGCCUGGAGGUCGCCAGGGCGCGUCUGGAGCUGGCGCUGGACGCGACAGCAUGCGAACCGCCAGCCGAGCGCGAGGUGCUGCACGACCACCCAGCAGCUCCUCGCAUCCAUCAUCCCCACCAGCUGGCUUGGUGUCGGCAGGGUCUUCGCGGGCUCAGCAAUCGGCACCCGCCACUGGUGGAGUACGCCGCAUGCGUUGGACAACCCAGAUGAACAGCAACGCAUUGCGGGCGUAUUUUAGGGCGAAAGGGGGAGAAACUGGAGGUUUUGCGUAUCGGGCAAGGAUGCAUCGACUUUUUGCUGAGCUGGAGCCAUCUGUAACCGUCACCGAACAAAACCUGGCAGACCGAGUUCGGUAUAUCUUGCGCUCAAAUACAUUUGAUGUCACCGAACUCGAACGGCUACGACGUGAGGCUGUUCCUUCAUCGGGUGAAAAUGCUGCGGCUGAGGAUGCGGCGCCACAACUUGCUGAGCAAACGGCAAAUGUGGAUGCCGCCGUGAAUACGCCAGUUGUGGUUGAUUCAAACGAUGAUGGAACAGUCGCCCAGGAACUGGAACUAGAGCAAAUGAGGAGUACAUUGGAAGAGGCGAUUGUGGAAACGCGCAGUACGACUCUCGAAAAUCGACCGCGACUUCCCCGCUUAGCCCUAAGCAAGCGGAAUCGGGCUGUCGUGAGGGCUCUGAACCCAAUGCUGGUUACCUAUUUGGAAGCCAGCCGGGACCUUUGCGAUACGGACUCAAUUCUUUUUGGCGCCGCACUGGCAGUCUGCCGUAUUAUAGGUGCCAAACUUUCCACGGCUGGACGCGCUACUGGACAAAGUAGUGCUAUCCCAGCCUGGAGAAUAAGAAUUGAAGAACGUAUCGCAAAGGCUAGGGCCCUCAUCGGCAGACUGAUAUGCUUCAGGUCAGGCAAUACCAGGCCAAGGAUUGUGCGCACCGUCAGGAUGGCGUUUGCUGGGACAAAUGUUAGUUUGUCCCAGCCGGAUAUAAUGCAAAAACUGACGGAGCGCAUAGACGACCUGAAGCAAAGAAUAGCUGCUUGGGGAAAGCGGAUUCGGCGAUAUACCGAGAGGUCGACACGGUUCAACCAGAAUCGUCUCUUCCAGAGUGAUCAGAAGAGGCUCUAUAAAUCAUUGGAGCGACCAAUAGUAAGUGGAACGGGCCCUGCACCAAAUCAGGCCGACAUGGUCGCAUUCUGGCGCAGCCUGUGGUCAGAGCCCGUAAACCACAACGAGGGCCCUUGGACGGAAGUUGUGGCGAGUCAGUGUGCGAGUAUUACGCCCAUGGACCCCGUCAUCAUAACGCCGGAUGACGUAGCUGAGGCGGUCCGUAGGGCCCCGAACUGGAAAAGUCCGGGGCUUGACGGGCUGCAUCACUACUGGCUGAAGGGGUUCAUGAUCAUGAAAAGGGACAACGCUUAA